CCCGCCUUAAGUACCGCGGAAAUCGGCGUGAACAAUGUGGGCCAUCUUCCCGGCCGCCACCUCCCAACUCCCCCAUCAACGCCGGCCGGCCGAAUCCUUCUCCCUGACACGGCCAAGCUCUACUUUGGAAGCAUAUGUGAGGUUCGCAAACCACAUCCAUGCUCUCGCCGUGCGUUUUCCGCGCUAUUGCGCGGCCACGGCUUUUGUCGGGCUCCCCACUACUGCGCUUUCCCGCGCGCCAACGACCGCCAGCUCGUCUGUUCGCCGGUUCUCCAUACUACCUACAACAAAAGAAACCGCACAAUGAGAAGGCCACCAUGCUUGCGACGCAGACGGCGAAGGAGCCCGCAGCGGCGCCAAAGGAUUUCCUCUCGGAAGCAAGUUUGUCGGCAAAGGGACAGCGAAAGGCCGACUGGGGGAUCAUAAAAGAGAUGUCGAGAUACUUGUGGCCGAAGGACAGUCCGAGUGUAAAGCUGCGCGUCAGUCUGUCGAUUGCGUUGCUUCUCGGUGCAAAGAUCCUGAAUGUCCAAGUCCCUUUCUUCUUCAAAGAGAUCGUAGACAACAUGAACGUGGAUUUCCUCGCCCUAGGCGGCACGGUGUGGACGGCCGCCGGUUCCGUAAUCCUUGCGUAUGGGUUGGCCCGAGUUGGCUCCACGGUAUUCCAGGAACUCCGAAACGCGGUGUUUGCGACUGUCGCCCAGAAGGCGAUCCGAAAGGUCGCCUGCAAUGUCUUCGAUCAUCUGCUGCGAUUGGACUUGAAUUUCCACCUCACGAGACAGACGGGUGGGUUGACGAGAGCCAUCGAUAGAGGUACAAAAGGUAUUAGCUUCUUGUUGACAAGCAUGCUGUUCCACAUCGUGCCGAUUGGGCUUGAGGUCACCAUGGUUUGCGGAAUCUUGACGUACAAUUAUGGGGCUAAGUUUGCGGCUGUUACCGCGCUGACGAUGGCGGCGUACUCGGCGUUCACAAUCGUCACUACAUCUUGGAGGACGAAAUUCAGGAAGCAGAUGAAUGCGGCGGACAACAAAGGAGCAACAGUAGCAGUUGACUCGCUCAUCAAUUACGAAGCUGUCAAGUACUUCAACAACGAGAAGUUCGAGGUCGGGCGGUAUGACGCCGCGCUCAAGGGAUACGAGAACGCCUCCAUCAAGGUGGCUACUUCAUUAGCCUUCCUAAACUGCGGCCAAAACGUCAUCUUCUCCUCCGCCCUGACGGCCAUGAUGUACCUUGCCUGCCAGGGUGUUGUAGCUGGUGAUCUGACCGUGGGUGACCUUGUUAUGGUCAACCAACUGGUUUUCCAGCUCUCUGUGCCCUUAAACUUCCUUGGAUCUGUCUACCGUGAACUCCGACAGUCUUUACUGGAUAUGGAAACCCUAUUCAACCUGCAGAAGGUCAACGUCGCGGUCAAGGAUUCACCAAAUGCGAAGCCGCUCGCUUUUAAGGGUGGAGAAAUUCGGUUUGAGAAUGUCACUUUCGGAUACCACCCGGAUAGACCGAUCUUGAAGGAUGUUAGCUUCACGAUUCCUGCGGGGACAAAGACGGCUAUUGUUGGUCCCAGCGGAUGCGGCAAAUCUACAAUUCUGAGACUGCUAUUCCGCUUUUACGACGUUCAGUCCGGCCGUAUCCUUAUUGAUGGCCAAGAUAUCAGGGACGUCACUACCGAAUCCCUUCGCAAGGCGAUUGGUGUUGUUCCCCAGGAUACCCCACUGUUCAACAACACAAUUGAGCACAACAUCCGGUACGGACGGGUUGAUGCUACGGAAGACGAGGUGCUGGCCGUAGCCAAAAGAGCCAAGAUCCACGAUACCAUCGCUGCUUUCCCUGCCGGAUAUCAGACCAUGGUCGGCGAGCGGGGAAUGAUGAUCUCUGGUGGCGAAAAACAGCGACUGGCUAUGACUAGAGUAUUGCUGAAGGACCCUCCGUUGCUGUUCUUUGACGAAGCUACUUCCGCAUUGGACACCCACACCGAGAAAGCGCUGAUGAGUAACAUUACCUCCAUUCUCAAAGAAAAACAAAGGACCAGCGUAUUCGUCGCGCAUCGGCUGCGUACCAUCUUCGACAGCGACCAAAUCAUCGUUCUCAAAGACGGCUCAGUUGCCGAGCCGCCAGGAACACAUGAGAAGCUCAUCGACAGCGGAGGUGUCUACUCGACGCUUUGGGCUGCGCAGGAGACUACGCCGAGUCUGGAGGAUGCGGAUAAGGUAGCGCGGCGAAGAUAGUGGAAUGAAGGUUCAUAGAUUUCAUAGAAGAUAAGACUGAGGGGCAAUAGUUAGAGACAUGUGUAUCGCAUCUUUUGAGUGGCUUUGACACGAUGUAUCGCCCCCUCCUGUAGAGGGAAAUGGCUUCCCACUUAGCCGGGGUUUAUACGGAACUAUCCUCCACCCUCGUGCUGCACUCUUGCAUUUCUUCCGGCCGGCCGUCUCGUCCCUGUCCAUCUAUCGUAUGCUCUGGCUCCAAUCCCCACAUCGGAGAUUGAGUAGGUACUUUUGUAGGUAUACGGUCGAACAAUGGCAGGAACAAUC